GUUCUAAUUGACUGGAUUAAUGAUGUGCUGGUAGAGGAGAGAAUCAUUGUCAAACAACUUGAAGAGGACCUUUAUGAUGGGCAGGUGCUGCAAAAGCUGCUGGAAAAAUUGGCUGACCGUAAACUGAACGUGGCAGAAGUGACACAAUCUGAAAUUGGUCAGAAACAGAAGUUGCAGACAGUCUUGGAAGCUGUCCAUGAUCUACUCCGACCCCAUGGCUGGACAAUCAAGUGGAAUGUUGACUCAAUCCAUGGCAAGAAUCUGAUUUCCAUUCUUCACCUUUUGGUAGCUUUGGCAAUGCAUUUUCGGGCUCCCAUUCGACUGCCUGAACAUGUGUCUGUACAGGUGGUAGUUGUACGGAAACGUGAAGGCCUCCUUCAGACCACUCAUGUUUCAGAGGAGCUGACGACUACAACAGAGAUGAUGAUGGGAAGAUUUGAGCGCGAUGCCUUUGACACACUUUUCGAUCAUGCACCAGACAAACUCAGCGUAGUCAAAAAGUCUCUGAUCACCUUUGUGAACAAACACUUGAAUAAACUGAAUUUGGAAGUAACAGAGCUAGAAACCCAGUUUGCAGAUGGUGUUUACUUGGUUUUGCUCAUGGGUCUCCUUGAGGACUAUUUUGUUCCACUUCACAACUUCUACUUAACACCUGAAAGUUUUGAUCAAAAGGUCCAUAAUGUUUCCUUUGCUUUUGAGCUGAUGCAGGAUGGAGGACUGAAGAAGCCAAAAGCUCGCCCUGAAGAUGUUGUCAACUUGGAUCUGAAGUCUACACUCAGGGUUCUGUACAACCUGUUCACAAAGUACAAGAAUGUUGAAUGA